AUGCCUGCAAAUGUUGAGAUUGACUUUUUAAAGGGCCACCAUAGUAUUGACCUACUUCCUACAGAUAAGCUCUCUAAAGCCUAUAACGAAGUUUUGAAGAAAGAUUACAAAGAGUAUGAAGCAGAUCAUUUAAAUGUGCACCCACUUACUUAUGGUACCAAUACUGGGAACCUAGAUGUUAGAGAAUCCAUUGCUAGAUGGAUGGAAGUCUGUUACAGCACAAUUAAUAUUGAUCCUGACACAAUAAAUUUAACAGGAGGAGCAUCAUAUGGCUGUAGUAAUAUUCUUAAUUCAGUAACUGACACAAAAAUGAUCACUCGAAGAGCAUAUCUAGUAACGCCGACGUAUUUUUUAAUCAAUGCAGUAUUUUUGGAUGCAGGCUUUCAAGACAAGAUUACUUCAAUUAAAGAAACACCGAAUGGUGAAGAUUAUGAAAUCGACUUGAAAGCAUUACAGAAAUCAUUAGAAUUUUAUGAUCAAGGAGAGGAAGAUGCCACUGCUGAUAAAGAAAUCAACAUCUGCUUUGAUCCCUGUACUAGAACUGAUCGAAAAUUUUACAGGUACGUUAUUUACAUGGUUCCUACAUACUCAAAUCCAGGAGGGAUAUCUUAUUCGAUCAAAACAAGAACAAGAUUGAUUGAGUUGGCAAGGAAACAUGAUAUGCUUAUUAUUUCUGACGAUGUGUAUGAUAUCUUGAACUAUAACGACUUUAAUACGAUCAAAAAGCUUCCUUAUUUAGAUCGUGACACCAAACCUUCGUGGUCGCAAUAUGGCAACACCAUUUCAAACGCAACAUUCUCCAAGAUAGUUGCACCAGGGUUGAGGGUGGGCUGGCAAGAAACAGCUACGCCCUUAUUGGCUCAACAAUUGGCGAAGUCAGGAGCAAAUAUGUCAGGUGGAACACCAGGACAAUUAUCCACAUUAAUCAUUAGAAGUUUGAUAGAGAGCAAAGAUCUCGACACUAUUGUUGAAAGGUACAAGAGUGUUUUCAAAAAGAGGUGCUUGAAACUUCUUUACUGCAUUAAAACUUAUUUGCCAAAAUGUUGUAAGAUAUAUGGUGGACAUGGGGGAUUCUUCGUUUGGGUUAAGAUAGACUCUGACAUAGAUCACCGCGAAAUAGUAGCAAUUUUGAAAGAUAAAUAUAAUAUCUUACUAGGGCUGGGUGAUCUAUUCGAAGUAGUGGGAGACGAGAAAGGAUGGGGGAAGAGUUUUGUAAGAUUGUCCCUCAGCUUUCUAAAUGAAGACCAAAUUGAGUUUGGUAUCAAAAAAUGGGGAGCCCUUUUAAAAGAAAGACACCGGCACUUAUUUGAAAAUUAG